AUGGAUGAUUCAAUGAACUCAUCCUAUAUUAUCAAAAAUGGAUUAAGGAAAGUUGUCCCUUACUACGAUAUCAAUUCAACAAGAGCUAAAGGUCAUUGGUUUGGUAGAAAAGUUAUAGAUCUAUUGAGUGGUGAGUUCAGAACUAGAGGUCUAGACUAUUAUCUUCAACAAAUUGAUAAAGGAUUUGUCACAGUUAAUAGAAAAGGUACACUUAUUACUGGACGCGCAGUUACUCAUCUUCAAUUACAAGGUCAUGAUAUAUUAAGUACAAAAUCUCAUUUACAUGAAGCUCCAGUUGUUUAUCAAGAAUCAAUACCUGUGAUAUAUCAAGAUGAGAAGAUAAUAGUGAUAAAUAAACCUUCAAGUAUACCAACACAUCCAACUGGGAGAUAUGUUAAGAACUCUAUAACUGAAUUAUUAAAACUACAAGAGAAUUUAACAUCUUUAUAUCCAUGUUAUAGAUUGGAUAGAUUAACUUCUGGUGUUUUAAUAUUAUCUAAAGAUUCAAAAACUUCUGGAGAAAUACAUGAUAAAGUACGAGAAAAAGGUGUUGUAAAACAUUAUGUUGCUAGAGUUACUGGUAAAUUCCCAGAUAAUGUGAUUUGUGAUAGAGAUGUUUUCCAUGUUGAUCCUAAAAAAACAUAUGAGUUUGGUAAAGGUGUUAAAAAGGAAGCAUUAACAGUUUUUGAAAGAUUAAAAUAUAAUGAAGAAUUGAAUGAAUCAAUUGUUUUAUGUAAACCACAAACAGGUAGAACUCAUCAAAUUAGAAUUCAUUUAAAUUUUUUAAAACAUCCCAUAAUAAAUGAUCCAUUAUAUGGACCAAAUGGAUCUAAAAUACGAUCAAAAAUUAUAAAUUCUGAUGAAGUUUCUCCAGAAGAUUAUGAAAUUUUAAGAAAAGAAUAUAAACAAGAUUUCCAAAAAUUGAUUUAUGAAUCAACUUGUGAUGAAUGUGGUUAUAUAAGUUAUAAAGAUGAAUCAGCGGAAAAUAUGAUUAUGUGGUUACAUGCUCUUAAAUAUGGUACUAAAGAUGGUGAAUGGAGUUUUGAAACUGAAUUACCUUCAUGGGCUGAGAUAUAA